AUGGAACCUCACUUAUACUAUGCCAUAUCUAUACUCGCCGUCAUUCUGGGAAUAUACAAGUUCCUCUUGUACCCCGCGUUCCUUUCUCCUCUGGCGAAAGUCCCAAAUGCACAUUGGUCCUGCAGUUUCAGCCCAUUGUGGAUUUUUUGGAUGAAAUGGACAAAGCAAGAGAACCGUCGAAUUUACAAGCUCCACCUGGAAAAGGGGCCGGCGGUUCGACUUGGCCCGAGUCUGGUCAGUGUGAACUGUUACGAGGACGGAUUGAAGAGAAUCUAUCAUGGAGGUUUCCCCAAGCCAGAGUUUUACUUUAACGGCUUUGCUGUAUAUGGGACUGCAAAUUUGUUCACGAUCAAGGAUAACAUAACACACGCCGCACAUAAAAAGGCCCUGUCGAGCUGCUUCUCGAAGUCAUCUAUCAUGUCAUCUCAAACUGCCCGCGCCGCGUCGCGAGAUGUAUUAUUCAACCGUGUUCUGCCCUUAGUCUAUAAGGCAUCUACAGAAAAUAAAGCAAUCGAGGUCAUCGAACUCAGCUACUCUUGCUUACUGGAUACCUUUGUACAGUGGCAAUUCGGACGGUCGCUAGGUAGUAACUUGGUCGAGGACGAAAAAGAGAGGCGAAUGUACCUUGACGGGUUUCUUGGAAUAUCCGGGUACACAUUUUGGCAGUACCACUUUCCCACUCUCAUUAGCAUUCUCCAGAAAAUUGGAAUUCACCUAAUUCCCAAAAGCGUUUUAAGUGCUUUUGAAUCUGUGGAGGCUUGGAAUUUGGAAAAGUGCGACCAAGCCCAGCAACUCCUGGCAAGUGGGAAACAAUUAUCAUCGGAUGACCAGCCAGUUGCAUUUGAACCAGCGCUGAAAGGAAUGAGUGAGGUUGACGCAAAACCCAAGUCAUACCCUCAGCGACUUCCAUUGGCAAGCGACAUGUUCUCUUUGAAUUCCGGAGCGUUUGAGACAAGUGGAAACACUUCCACCUACUUUCGACGCCCAGAAUGGCAAACCAAGCUUCGAGAAGAACUCCUCGGUCUCAACCCACCCUUGAAACACAUCCCCGGAAAGCUUGUUGAAAUCGAAGACAUCACCAGCCCUCAGGACAUUGACAAGCUACCGAUAUUGCAUGCUGUCUUGAUGGAAACCCUUCGACUUUGGCCUUCGGUACCUGGUGGUCAGCCCCGUGUAGUCCCGCGUCCAUGUACCCUGGGCGGCUACCACAACAUCCCUGCUGGAACGACUGUUCAAUCAUACGCAUCUGUUCUACACCGUAUGCCCGAUGUGUUUCCCGAUCCCUUUGAGUGGAAGCCAGAAAGAUGGCUCGAUGCAUCGCAGGAAGAGUUGGCCCUGAUGAGGAAAUGGUUCUGGGGCUUUGGCAGUGGUGGAAGGAUGUGUCUUGGACUUCACUUUGCGUAUUACUCGAUGAAAUUCCUCUUCGCAGGCAUUUAUUCCAAUUUUACUACCACCAUUCACGACCACGGAGACAUGGAACCGAGUGAUGGCUACCUUGCAGGUCCGAUAGGCCAUCGUCUGGAACUCAAAUUUCAUCUUGUAGAAUGA